GUUGUCAAACAGACCCCCCGAUAUCCGCCCCCACACCCACCACCGGCCCCACCACAGCGCACGUCUUCGCAAGCGCCACAAAAUGAGAAAAUUAGGAAAUAUUCCGAAGAAAUAAAUAAUAAGAAAGCGGAGGAGGAGUUCCUUCGGUCGAGUUUGAGGGGCAGUAAAAAACUGCAACAACUCGAGCACAAUAAGACCAAAGAGUUGGAGCCCGUCGUCAACAAUGCCUUCGAAGCCGAUGACGACGACGACCCCCAACUCGACGCUGAAGACGAUAAUAAAGGUAUUUAA